UUUUUCUAUUUACAGGAGGAUUUAUAAUGGACGGCAGAGAUAAAUAACACUUUGUUUGUGAGAGACUUUUGAAUGCUCGAGAGGAUAGAGGAUUCCAAAUUCAAACGACCCAAACCUAAAAUAUUAAAUUCAAAAAUUGUUUAAUACCACUCGAACGUGAAUAUCUGAGCAAAAAUUUCAAUACAAAUAAUAUGAAGUCAAAAAUAAACUCAAGUAUUAUAAUGGAAAUUACUGAACUGAUAAAAUUAUAUAAUAAUAAAAAUAUCUUGCAAUAAUGUUAUAGAAAUUAAAUGCAAAAGACAUUCGCAUGUGUGUGGUGGUGGAAAGAAAAAUCAAAACUAAAUUCAUUAUUAGAAAGAGCAAAAAACGUAGAAGACGAAAAGAACCAAAACAAAUAAUAAAACGAGUCAUCGUUCUUGAGAACAUCGUUAAAGUUGAGAACAAAAUUAAAGAUUUUGGCGAUAUUGAACCUUGAGACCCUAGCGGCCUUUGAAGAAAAGGAAAUUCAAAGCUAACGGUAUCGAAGCAACAUAGCUAAAUAUCAUACACAUUCAAAUAUUAAAACAAACACCGAUGAUGGAAUAAGCGAAAAUGGAUUAGAAACCAACUAGACAUUUAGCAUGAAGCAACAUUAAAAUAUUAGUCGAAGCUCUUUGAUAUUUUAGAGGCAUCAAAUUAAAUGAACAACUUUACUAUUAACAAAUAGGUUCAGAGCGAUUAGAUUGCGGAUAUUUGCAGAACCUUUAUAUUAUUUAUUGGGAAUACAAACUAUUAAGUAAUACCCUGGUGCACCACAGUGUGCUAGGGUAUAGAAACGACAUUUCAAUCAGUAUUCGCCCCUAGAGCGCGGCGAAUUUAGAAUACUUGAACAAGACACCAAAACCAAUACAACAAUUUAGACGAAUAGCUGUAAAACGGAAGGCGAAACUAUUAAAAGAACAAUUCAACCUGGACUCUGUAGUUGCAUAUGUAUGAGUGCUUAUCUGAGCCUGAGCCAAUCCAACUAAAACAUUUCCAAGCAACAAGAGCAAUAGCAAUAUAACAGCAACAAAAGCAUCGAACAACGAAUAUCGACGAUACCAAGAAGACGAACUGUGGCAAAGUAUUGAAACCCCAGCCCAAUCCAAACCAAAACAAAACCAAACCGAACAGAACACAGAACCCAGAGCGAAGGCAACGACUUUAGUGUAAAUCCAUUGUAGGAGUGUGAGCUCUGUGCAUUAGUGUUGGUAAUUGUCUGUUUACAGUUCACAUAAGUAAUAAAGUAAAUUCUACAACAAAAGCAAACAAGAAAAACUUCUGUGUGAAAGGAAGGCAAAAACUUAGCGAGCCAAUAGACGAUCCACGUACGCACACAUACACACUACAAUUGCCAACGUCGCCGUUUACUUUGUUUGUGUUUGUGAGUGGUGAAUGUUUGGCCGUUGUACGCAUCGCAAAGGUAGCAGCAGCGACGAAAGUAGCCGAGCCAAAGCAGAAUCACUGAACCAUUACGCAGCGACUUAACGGAGGAAACGACUGCAUUCGCCACUAGUAGUCGCUGUCAGAGAAGCAUAACAGAGUUGGAGAUAGAGUUUGUGUGUUGAUUAGGUAGAACCAGGUAGGACAAGAGAACGAAGAGAGCUAAAUUCGCGAUAACUGCGAGUUCUGAAAGAGAAUAAGGCUUCACCCAGACUGUUGGCAUCUUAUGAUGUCAUCGGAAGAGGACACAGAGUGUUUCGGAUUGUACAACGAUGAUAAGUUACUACUAAAGGCGUCCACAGCAGCAUCAUUAUCCAAACUGGCAGAGCCCUCGUCUUCGCCGCCGUUACUGGAAUUAGAAACCGAUUGUGUGAUAAAGCAAGAAACACCAUUACUAUUGCCACCCCCAACACCACCAUUACAAACGGCGAAAAGCACAAAAAACAACACCAACCAAAAUCACAAAAACAAUUGUAAUAACGCCAACGUCUGUAGUAACAAUAAAAGCAAAAUCAACAGCAUUAACAGCACAACUGGCAAUAGCACGGCUCUCGAAGAGACACACGAAAGCGACCUUAUCGAAGACGACAACGUCAACGGUGGCGACAACGACGACGACGACGACGAUAACGACGUCGUAGUCAUACUCGAAGGUGUCGCAAGCAGCAACGAGGGCACCAAUAAUAGCCAGAGACAGAAUCGCCUUCGUAACAGCAGCCGUAGUCGUAGUCGAAGUCGCAGUGGCAGCAGUGUCAGCGGCAGCGGCAGCGGUAGUGGCAAACAACAAGUCGUGCAAGUCGUGCAUGUCACUGAGCGAGCAAACGAAAGUAGUCCGUGUGGUGCCGUCAACAAGACAAUAACGUGCACCGCAAACUUAGCAAUACGCUCAAAGUCAGUAUCUGUAGGAAUAUCAUCGUCGAAGUCAAAUAAAAAGAACACGUCCUUAUCGUCAUCGAGUGAAUAUCUUGUUAAUAAGAACAGUAACAGUAGUAAUAACUGUACCAGUGCUAAUAAAAUAAACGUGAACGGUAAUAGUGUUUUAGGUCUAGAAUCGAAAUUAUUUUCGGGGUUCCAAGAUAAUACGAGUCCAACGCCGUUGUCAUUGCCCUUGUCGGUUUCGCCAACGCCGUCAUCCCCGCUCUUGCCGCCAACAGCGACUGCCUUCAUGAGUAGUGCUGCUGCGGCUGUCGCGGGCGCUGCUGGAGGAGCUCUCUAUGGAGCCUUAUUGAAUCAGACAACUUCGUCGUCCAAUAACACGCUUAACAACAGCAACGCUACUGCUAGUAAUAAUAAUCCACAUAACAGUGCAAACGUUUCCGUAUCCGCUUCCUCAUCGCCAACAGCAUCGUUGCUGUCCGGUAAUUUUACAGCGGCUCUUGGCAGCCUCUUCACAGCAAACGGUUUCGGUUCAGCAAAAAUGUUGAAUGAGUUAUUCGGUCGACAAAUGAAGCAAGCACAGGAUGCUACAAGCGGCUUACCCGCUACUUUAGACAACGCCAUGUUAGCUGCGGCAAUGGAAUCGGCCACCAGCGCUGAACUGUUGAGUGCAGCAGGUUUGGUGAAUAGCUUAGGCCUCAAUGCCACCAGCAAAUUGCUCAAUAAUAAUACCAUAAACAAUUUGAAUAGUUUAAGCAAUGCCAGUGCGUCUGCAACGUCCGCUCUAAAUAACGGCAAUGCCAUUUCUGAUAAUCACCAAUCGUUGAAUGCCACAUCUGCCUCUCAAUCGCCCAAGAACCGACGAGUGAGCAAUUGUAGUGAUCGAUCUUUGGAUGAAGUGAACUCGCGAGCUGGUGAUUUGUGCUCACCACCGCGUGCACCUUCUGCCAGCUCAACGUCUGUGGUAUUGGGCGCUGUGAAUUCUUCUGAAAGAACCUCACCAAAUGUUCAACAACAGCAACAGCAGCAACAACAACAAAAUGAGUUAGCUCACCAUAUGCUAAGGAAUAUUUUGCAAGGUAAGAAAGAGCUCAUGCAGCUCGACCAAGAGCUACGAUCAGUAAUGAAUCAACAACAGCAACUCGCAGAUAAUCAGAACACGCUAAAGCAUAAUAAUAAUAAUUUGUCCGCUAACAAUAACAAUAAUUUGGAAGAUAAAGAAUCGAAUAAUGUAAUCAAUCUAUUGGAGGACACCAUGUCUGACAUUAAAAUUAAGUGCGAGCCCAAUCAGUUGCCAAAUAAUUCUGACUCUGCGACUGCAGAAAGUAGGAAGUCAUCUGAUUCUGAUGUUGCCGAUUCUCAGCAGGAUGAAGACCAACAGUCUGAGGGCGAUAACAUGGAUCAACAGCACAUGGAUGAGCAGGAUGAUCAACCGCAUUCAAACCUAACGGUGGGUGUAACUAAAAAGGAAGCUGAUGACAUCCUAGAAGAUGUGGAAUUAAUGGGUCUGAAUUCGCGGUCCGAUUUAGAGUCAUUGGCCUCACCUAGCCAAUCUGAGAUGAUGCUCUUAGAGAACAGCAAGGAUGAGUUAGAAGAGGAACUUGAAAAGGAUGUCGCUGCUACCAUGUCCAAAAAGCCAGGAAUGGAUAUGAAAAGAGCUCGAGUCGAAAACAUUAUUACCACAAUGCGUUCUAGUCCAUCGUCUCAUCAGUCGCACUUGCAAGUUAAUGGAUGUAAGAAACGAAAACUAUAUCAACCGCAACAACAUGCAAUGGAGCGAUAUGUGGCUGCUGCUGCGGGUUUGAAUUUUGGUUUGAACUUACAAAGUAUGAUGUUGGAUGAAGAAGCAUCCAAUGAAAUGGAAUCACCCCAAAUUCAGCAAAAGCGUGUGGAAAAAAAUGCAUUGAAGUCACAGUUGCGUUCAAUGCAGGAGCAACUGGCUGAAAUGCAGCAAAAGUAUGUGCAAUUAUGUUCAAGAAUGGAGCAGGAAUCAGAAUGUCAGGACAUUGACGAUACCGCAAGUGAUAGUAUGGAACAGGAUGACAAUGGAGGGGAUCUCUCACCAUCCCCAUCCCUGACUGGCGAAUCGGGUUUAAUUGAUAAAAUUCAAACGGACGGAGAACGGCCGAGUUCCACUUCGCCCAAUUUACCAAUAAAAUCUCGCAAGCACUUAACCUCACAAAAUUCCAUAGCGCUAGAUAACGCCCCGAAUGUGCUAUCACAAAUGAUGAGCAAAAUGAUGUCAUCGCGAUCACUCGUAGGGCAUCCACAUAUGCAGCAGUCGUUUAGCGGUCCAUUGCCAUUGCUGCAACAUAUGCCACAAAUGCAAGGUGACGCCGGAACUGCCCAUUUGUCUCAUCCCGCCAUAAGUAAUGCUGCCGCUAUGUACCUGGGGCAACAGUUUCUCUUUGAGCAGGAAGCACGUAUGGCAAAGGAAGCGGCUGAGCAGCAAGAAAGACAACAACAACAACAGCAGCAACAACAACAACAACAGCACCAACUACAGCAACAGCAACAACAACAACAGCAGCAGGAGCAAGAGCAACAAAGGCGAUUUGAACAAGAGCAACAGCAACGUCGCAAGGAGGAGAAACAACAACAACAACAACAGCAGCAGCAGCAACAGGCCCAACAACAAGCUGCACAACAACUUCAGCGCCAACAUCAGUUACAACAGUUGCAACAACAGCAUAUGGAGCAAACCACACCGACUGUCUCUAUAAACCAAACAACCCGCUCACAACUACAUCACAAUCGACUCAAUCAACGUCAUGCCAAUCACUCCUCUCUCAAAUCAGAACUGUCAGAAAAAUUCAAUAUGUUGAGGUCCAGUUCUAAUUCGAUUAUGCGUAUGUCCGGAUCAGAUCUGGAAGGACUUGCUGAUGUAUUAAAAUCUGAAAUUACUACUUCACUCUCAGCAUUAGUUGACACGAUCGUUACACGAUUUGUUCAUCAACGUCGUCUAUUUAGCAAACAAUCGGAUUCAGUAGCUGCAGCUGCUGAACAACUUAACAAGGACUUGCUUAUGGCAUCCCAAAUACUCGAUCGCAAGUCGCCACGUACUAAAGUUGCAGAUCGUUCUCAUUCUAAUGCCAUCAUCAACAAUAAUUCAAAUAUUCCUAAUUCAGCGUCAGGACAGCCUGCUGUCAGCGGAAAUUCUGUGAAUGCUUCAUCAGUCCAAUCAGGUAAUAAUGGUUCUCUUCUCCUAGUUAAUAAUACCUCCUCAACUAACCAAUUAAGUAAUGGUCCAAACGGUAAUGUGUCCACAAAUCACCUCGGUCACUUGCAGUCCACUGUAAGUAACGGCCCUCAAAUGCAUGUUGGACCUGGGCCCGCAGUAUCAGUAGGCGGUGUGACGAUUCCUCAACACCCGCUUACAAAUAGCCAAGCAAACGUCAUGGCGUCCUCAAGUGGGCAGACAAAUGCGCAACAUGCGCAGCAAAUAGCGCAAAUGUCAGCGUUGAAUGCGCAAAAUUGUCAAAGCCUCAUCGCCGCCCCACGUCUAAAUGGCAAUCAGUUAUCGUUUCCGUCGCCGGCUGCGGCAGCAGCUGCGGCAAUGGGCCUGCAAAUGCAUCAUGCAGCAGCCGCAGCUGCAAUGACCGCAGCUGCUGCUAAUCAGCAAAAUCAUAAUCAGCAGAUCACAAACGAUAGUUCUGGUCAAAGCCCAAUGAAUCAGAGUAUCAACAUGAACUCGAAUACAAAUACAAAUAAUACUAACAGUAGUUUAAGUACGAUUAAUAUUCCACCUCCUCAUAUACGUCCUUCGCCCACAGCGGCAGCAAUAUUUCAGGCACCAAAGACACCACAAGGAAUGAAUCCGGUCGCAGCUGCUGCACUCUACAAUUCUAUGACCACUGGCGGCCCUAACCAAAUGAACCCCUUCUGUAUGCCAGAGUCUCGUGAUGUACAGCAGCAGCAGCAGCAACAGCAACAACAACAACAACAGCAUCAACAACAACAGCAGCAGCAGCAGCAACAGCAGCAACAACAGCUAGAGCAAAACGAGGCCCUCAGCUUGGUUGUAACGCCAAAGAAGAAGCGCCAUAAGGUGACAGACACCAGAAUAACACCCCGGACAGUCAGUCGCAUACUUGCCCAGGAUGGCGUUGUACCUCCGAAUUCAGUAACUGCCAACAGCAUGUUAGACGGCGGCAGCAAGUUCGUUCCCAUGGUUGGUCAACCCAACCAACAACAACAGCCCAAUACGAACCAAACGAAUUGUAAUGCGCCAAUCGUUGGCAGCAAUAGUAACAACGUCACGCCAGUCAACGUGAAUACUACCGGCAGUAUCGGCAAUAUCGGCAAUAAUAAUACGACGCCUGCACAAAGUCCUUCACCACGUGCUCAAGCGCCAACCUAUCAUCCGCCGCCACCACCACCACCCAUGUUGCCCGUGUCGUUGCCUACUUCUGUGGCAAUUCCCAAUCCAUCGUUGCACGAGUCGCAAGUCUUCUCACCCUACAGUCCAUUCUUCAAUCCUCACCCGCCGCAUGCGCCACCACCACCCCCGCAUGGUCCACACAGUGGUGCUCACAACACGCCAACAGCUGCCCAAAUGCACCACAUGAAGAUGUCAUCCAGCCCACCUGGCCUUGGCGGUCUAAUGGACUCGCGCGAAUCACCGCCACUGCCUCAUCCGCCCUCCAUGCUGCAUCCUGCCCUAUUAGCUGCUGCCCACCAUGGCGGCUCUCCCGACUACAGCGCGCAUCUACGUGCAGCCAUGGAUGCACAAGACCGCAAUUCGGACUGUAACUCCGCUGAUAUGCAGUUUGAUGGAAUGCAGCCUACAAUAUCAUUCCUGAAGCAGCAAAUGAUCAAAAAUAGCGACUCCUUGACUCCACUGCACUCGUCAACACUAACACCAAUGCACCUGCGCAAGGCGAAGUUGAUGUUCUUUUGGGUCCGCUACCCCAGUUCAGCAGUACUGAAGAUGUACUUCCCAGACAUCAAAUUCAACAAGAACAAUACAGCACAAUUGGUGAAAUGGUUCUCGAAUUUCCG